CCUCUCUGGCUACCUGCCUCUCUGUCGGUCUGUCUGACAGUUUAGUGUCUGUCUGUCGCCUCUGAAGGUUGAGGUGAAUAUAAAGCUCGGUAAUGGAGACCGCUGUGGACCGAGGCUCUAGCUUUUCUCCCCGCCGGAGACACACAAACUCACCGGACAAAUAAGGCGACAGAUACCGGACCCCUAACGCAAAACGCCGCCGCUGCCGUUUAUCACAGUGACGCUUUUUAGUGUGUCCUCUUCCUCCUCCUCUUCCUCCUCCUCCUCUCUCCUUCACCUUCUUCUUUUGCUCUAUCAACACGUCUUGAAAAACAGAUGACCUGACCGGGAAGUUACGGACAAAACACGGAUAAAAUCCUCCAAGUCGUCUUGUCCAAUUUACAAGAGGCGCUCUCACCCGAAGGAUCUCUUUAUCUCUGAGCCUGCUCUUCCCUGAGCUCAACAAGAAACUCUUCAUCACCUCCAAUAAGGAAACGUCCUCCUACUCAGACCGAGGCCGCUGAGAAAUGGGCUGCCAAUGAAACACUUUCAAAGUCAUCAAUCAUCUCUGCUCGGCCAGGGGGUCUUCUAGAGGGUUGGACCUCCUCGCCACCAUGAAAGGCUUAGGGACCAACCGUAACAGGCACCUGUCUGACUCCUGUGAACCUUCAUCAAACCAUCCAGAGGCCCUCUACUCUCAGAGGACCAGCACCUUGCCACGGAGCCCUUACCUACUGAGCCCCACAAUGGACCACUACGGUACCAUGGACCCCCACCUCUAUCAACCAGCCAACCCAGCUUCUCUUCCACCAGAUUGCAUGGUGCCCCUCAACAACCAGCUGUCCAACAGCAGCACCUUCCCCAGGAUUCACUACAACUCCUAUGACCAGUCUGACUUCUCCCCACCGGGGGACAGCAUUGGGGGGAUAAGUACGGGGACCAUGGGCACAUCCAUGUCCAUGGGCUUGGGAACGGGCAUGGGCAUGGCAGGACUGAGUGGACGGACACCCAUGAUUACAAGUGGCUCAGCAACUAUAUCACAUCAUAUGACAAAGAACCAGGCACCCCCCAGUCUACUGGAGUUUGAUAAGCAGCUACCUGGAGGCUGUGACGGGUUUAGCACAUUGCAGUUUCAUCGAACAUCUGCUGCUGCUGACGCCAAGCAGCGCACAGACAGUCCUGGCCGCAUCCGUUACAUGUUGCACUCAGUGCAGAAGCUCUUUGCAAAGUCCCAGUCACUGGAGAGCCACAACAUGAAAGGAAAUGUCAACGGACGCUCCACUGGCAGUGGCGGAGGCUCGUCUGGCACUGACGAUGGAGGGAAGCAGAAUCGCAGAUCCAAAAGUAAAGAUCGGGGAACAAAAUCAGAAGCUACUGCCAAGCGGCGGCCACGCUCAAACAUGUCAGGUUAUUGGAGCUCGGAUGAUUUGGACAGCAGCGAUUUGAGCAGCUACCAUAACACCAUGGCCAUGAUGACUUUGGGGCGUCCAACUGGCCAAGAGAGUCACGGGGGGCAAAGCAGAUACAUCCACAGUGGCUACAACACUAUCAGUUCCUCCAAAAGCAGCAAUGACAUGAAGUAUCAGGCACUUCCUAUGCCUGGGGCUGGAGUAGGUGGAGGACUCGGUAGCACUGGAGGAAUGGUAUUAAAUGAUAAUGACUAUAUGAAAGGAGGGUCCUGGUCUACACUGACCAUGGGUCAGCCAAGACAGGUGAUCCAGAAGGGCUCAGCUACUCUAGACAGGUCCAUGCUGAAGUCCAAAUCCUGCCAGCAGGAACUAACCUGCAACUACCUGCAGGUUGGACGAAGGGGUGACUGGAGUAGCACGUUAGGUCGCAGUGGGGGUGCCAAUGAAAUACCAUGUCGUCGGAUGCGCAGUGGUAGCUAUGUGAAAGCAAUGGGAGACAUGGAAGACAGCGACGAUUCGGAGGGAAGCCCCAAACCCUCGCCAAAAAGCGCUGCUCGUCGCCAGAGCUAUCUCAGGGCUACGCAGCAGUCUCUGAGCGACCAGCUACCCCCACGCAACUGUCUUCCGUCUCUUCGAGAGCUCUCCAGUAACCGCAGCCUGGACAACCUAGACUGCAUUGGGGGUACAAGCUCAUCUUUGCCACGCUGGGAUGAUGACGACUUCAGCCAGGCCUGCAGCACCUUGGGCAGACGUAGCUGCCUGGGACAGCUACGGGACCUGGAAAUGAGUCAUCAUUACGAGGACCGCAGCUCCGAGUCCACAUUCAGAGACUCGCGUUCCCACUCUCAGGACAACUCAGAGCCUCCAGACUUGCCCAUGCCAACAUGCUUCCGAUCACGCAGCCACAGCUACCUGAGAGCCAUUCAGGCUGGCUGUUCCCAAGAUGAUGACACGGCGUCCUUGGACUCAGGCUGCUCUCCACCUCUGACUGACUCCACUGUUCGCACCUACAGCACCAGCACCGUCUCUACAUGCAUAACCACCUGUAAGAAGACUGCUCCUCCACCAGUGCCGCCUCGCACAACAUCCAAACCCUACAUCUCUGUCACAGUACAAAGCAGCACAGAGUCAGCCCAGGACAACUACCUGGACCAGCAGGACCGAAGGUCAGAGGUCAACAGUCAGUCAAGCCACGCUCACAGCAACUCCUCUGACAGCCUUGACAGCACCCGUGCCAACAGCCUGGCUCGGGGUAUUCCCCGCCCUCCGCACAUCAUCCCCACUCCCAUAGCCACCCCUAGAGAACCAGUUGCCCCCACCACCUCCAAUGCUGCCACUGAAACAAGUGACCCGGCCAUCCAGAAUGAAUCUGUGAAAUUGGGGUUAAAUAAAGGAAAUCUUGUGGCAGAGGAGCCCCUAGUGGCACCAAUACCCAGGCGGAAACUAUCCUCCAUUGGCAUACAGGUUGACUGUAUUCAGGAAGUUCCACGAGAGGAGACCCCUCCAUUAGCCAAAUUUCAGUCCAUCGGAGUACAGGUGGAGGACGGGUGGCAGCUCAGUGGCUCCAGUAACAUGGCCUCAAAACAAGAAACAGACUCAGACACACAGGACGUCCCAUUCAUCUCCUAUGUCAGUAAUGCCAAACACUCUGAGAAGAAAGUCAUGGUCAAUAGUGCCAGUCAAUCCAUGAGCUCCCCUCCUGGACAGGACUCUUUAGACAAUGGAGACACUACUGGUGGCGUCUCUUCACCUCCGCCGCCCAGACAGAUCCUCAACCGCUCUACCACACGAAGUAGCUCUUCCUCCUUCUCUGAAAGUCUGGACCCAGCGCUGGACCCCUCGUCUCUGCCACCUCCAGAUCCUUGGCUGGAGAGUGGGAAUGGGAAUAGUAGCAGCAUUCCCCAGAGCGGAGGUGGGGGGACGCUGUGUCGGAGAGAUGGCCACUGGUUUCUGAAGUUGCUGCAGGCUGAGACGGGACGCAUGGAAGGCUGGUGCCAGCAGAUGGAGCAGGAGACCAAAGACAACCAGCUUUCAGAGGAGGUGCUGGGGAAGGUUCGCAGUGCUGUAGGAAGUGCCCAGCUCCUAAUAUCUCAGAAGUUCCAGCAGUUCCGGGGACUGUGCGAACAAAACUUGGACGAGGAGAAGGCAACCCCUCCGGCGUCAAAGAAGCCCGGUAAGGGACGACCGUUGCUGGGCCGCGAGAAGAGCGCCGACUCCUCGUCCAACUCUUCAUCGGCCUCGGCAGAGAAGCAGAGACAAGAGGCUCGCAAGCGUCUGCUGGCUGCUAAAAAGGCUGCCUCGUUUCGCCAGAACUCCGCCACAGAGAGCGCAGACAGCAUUGAAAUCUAUGUCCCCGAGGCCCAGACUCGCCUCUGAGAGAGACACACUGAGAGGGAAGGAUACAGGGUCCGAUCGAAGGAGACGGAGAGGAAAACUUCUGGAAUGCAAAUGAGCUACUUUGAGUAAACAAGGAUGGAGGUGGGACGGGGGGGGGGUCAAAAUCCUGGAGAUUGGAGUGGGGAUGGAUUUGGGCAUUUCUGACACACCAUUACAGUUAUAGGCUAUCAGACACUUCUUAAAAAAAAAUAGAAAAUGAAAACUUGUACUUUUAUGGACCCGACAGACUAUGACGCAGGAGACUCCUCAUAUGAGGCUGCCAUUGAAAACCUCAGCUGAUGAACUUUGUCAUUUCUUGUUACUACUCUUGAUAUCAUAAAAUGAAGGUAUUAUUACUACGAUGAUUAUAUCCUGAAGAAUCUAUAUGAAGACUGUUUUAAAACGUUCCUCUAUCUUGGCUAUAAGAUCUAUUAAGUGGACAGAAGACAAACAUUAUUGCUCUUCAGUCUCCCAUCGUCCUCCUCUCUUCCCAGAUUAUUGGCCAUCUUGUAGCUUUGCACAACACCACCUUAUGGCCAUCACACAAACACACACACACACACACUGCACCCACACACAUACUCACAUCUAUGUAUGUCUUCCUGUAUUUAUUUGUUUACUUUUAUCAUCCUUUUGUUUUCUAUAAAAAUCAGUUUUAGAUAUGGUUAUUAUAAAUAUUUUUGGUAUGAUGAAACUGAAAGUCAGAUUUGAUGGGAUAUUUAUAUAGUUCCUAGCAAUUAACUCUCGUGUGUGUGUGUGUGUGUGUGUGUUUCCCCUUCAAAAUGUUCUCGUGUCAAAGAUUUAUAACACUGGUGAGAAUCUUUCAAGUUUAGUUUCUUAAUGGUUGUGAAUGAAAGCACAUCCAGAUAUUAAAGGAUGGCUGAGCGUGAGGACCUCCGUUUCAGUCAGAAUGUCAGAGGCCACAAUUUUACUGAAUAUUAUUAUUUUUUUUUUGUAAGGAAGACAUCUUCAACUCCUCUCGUGUCUCUUUUGCGUCUCCUUGUCCCAUUAACUUUCAUUUUCUGUUUGUGCUGUAACUGCAGAUGCGUGAAUAUUUCAGUCAGGAUUUUUUCUCUUGUCCCAUCUGUCUGUUCAGAGCUUCUUUAAGUGCUUUUAUUAACCACACUUAGCAUUCAACUUGUACAUGUCGAACGAAUCUAGGGCUUUUAACGAAGUAACGCAGCCGGCUGAGUAUGCAGGAUGAUGCUGUGUUAUGGUUUUGCGGGGACGCACAUCAGGACAUGUGUCUUGCUGUAAUUUUUAUACUUUAUUUCCAAAAGCAUUUUGCUCAGCACCAUUCAACAAAAAUCAAUCUUUCUUCUUCGUUACCAUUAUUGCCCCCCCCCCUCAUUGAACAUCAUGUGAAGUACCUGCACUUUUUUUUUUAAUUCAGAGAAAAACAAUCUAAUUAAAGCGUUACGUACAUUA